GCGGCACCUCAGUCUUGCUUCCAAACCACCACACUCCCGAAAAGUGCACACUCUGUCUACCCCAAACUAUGAAUUCUCGCCGAGUCGUUCGCCUUGUUCCCAGAGAACUCCCUACGUACAAGCACUCGAGAGAACUCAUCGUUAUUAUGAGGGACGCCCUAGAGGCUCACCGUUCAUACUACCAAGCCGGGGUAUUGCAUGGCAAUAUCAAUCCGGCCAAUAUUAUGAUAGUCGACCUUGAUAUCCCAUCGUUGAUGGGAGAGGACGAAAAGGGCAUACUGAUAGAUCUUGACCCUUGUAUCGCAUGUCGAACGACUCACUCGGGGAAGAAGGACGCCCCUCGAGAAGAUAGCUCAAAAGGCAAAGCGAAAGUGCCUGACGACGAAUAGAGGCGUCAAUCUGAAUAUUUGUGACCGAUAAUUUGAACCAAUUAGCUUGUUUGAAAGUACGGAGACCACACUAGACCAC